CCACUCAAACACUCAACAUGCAAGCCAUCCGUCUCCACCCCUCCCCAGACCCCUCCAAUCCCUACUCCCCCGCCAACCCAGCUCCCCCGUCAGCCCUAACCCUCGACGCCAACAUCCCCAUCCCCCAACCCUCCAACCCCGACGAAGUCCUCGUCCGCGUCAAAACCACCACCGCCGUCCGCGACGCCCUCACCUGGCCCGAGACCUACGCCCACGAAUACGCCAUCCCGGGCCACGACCUCGCCGGCACCGUCGCGGCCGUCUUCUCCGACUCGCCCGCCUCCCCAUUCCACUCCGGCGAUGAGGUCUUCGGCAUGGCGCACGCCGAUCGCGGCUCCGCCUGGGCCGAGUACGUUCUCGUCAAGACAGGCGAGAUCGCACAUAAGCCCUCCUCGCUGUCGUGGGAAGAGGCGGCCGCUGUGCCGCUGAGCGCGCAAACGGCCUACGAGGCGCUCUUGCACGCGGGAAUCUCCCUAUCAGCCCCCACGCGGCCGUCGGAGACAAAGCCGACUUCGAUUCUGAUCACCGGCGCUGCAGGUGGCGUGGGCGUCUACCUCGUGCAGCUGGCGCGUCGGGCCGGGCUCCGGGUCGUGGCGGCGAGCAGCUCGAAUGCGCGCAACGGGUCGUUCCUGCGGGAUCUGGGCGCCGACGAGACGGUCGAGUAUGUGGAUCUCCACGACCGGCGUGAGACGUACAAUGUCAUCGUCGAUACGGUCGGCGGGGAGGUGCUGGAGGGGUGCUGGGGCCUGGUGAGCGCGGGCUCCGGGAGUCUGAUUUCGGUCGACUCGGCGAGUUACGACUUCGGAAGGGAGCAUGAAAAGAAGGGGAUUCGGAGGGAGGGCGUCAAGGCUUUGUUUUUCAUCGUGCAGGGGAGUAGCGAGGCGUUGAAGGAGCUGGGUCGCGUUGCGGAUGAGGGCCGGUUGAAGGUGUUUGUGCUGGAUCGGUAUCCUCUGUCGAGGGCGGCUGAGGCGUAUGAGAGGGCGAGUGGACGGGGAGGGACAGGGCGAGGGAAGGUUGUUAUUACGGUUUGAUGUUGAUGACUUUUUUUCUCGGUUUUUGAAAAGUUCUGUUCUGUUCUACUUGAUUUUCUUUUGGAUAUGGAAAUGUAAUAUCGAUACUUCACCUUAAAUUGAACAAUCAAUUAAGCAAUUUAAUUAG